AUGAGUAGCAUGCCUGCAAAAUUGUUGUUCACAACUUUGUACAUCCUCUUGGUCUCUCUUCCUAUGCACAUGUCACCACAUGAUGUUAAGAUAGGCUCAAAGCAGUUCAGAAGUAGUAGUAGUGGCCACAGGAGCAAAGGUAGUGGUGAUGGAUCAGCCAAAGGUUGCAACCACAACAACAGGCCAUUGGGCACAAACACAACACCAUGCCAAAAAUCAACAGCCAUUCAAGCAGUUCCAGCUUCACCUCCUCUUGUAUUUGCAGACCAAAGACUUGAAGUAGUGUAUCCAACAAUCCAAAGAUUCAAGUCCAGCAUCACCUCAGAUCCUCUAGGAGUGACCAAAACUUGGGUAGGAUCAGACAUAUGCAGCUACAAAGGCUUCUACUGUGACACACCCCCUGACAACAGUUCUGCCACUGCUUUGGCCUCUAUUGACUUCAAUGGUUUUCAACUUGCAGCUUCCACCCUUGAUGACUUCAUUGAUAACCUCCCUGAUAUUGCUCUCUUCCAUGCAAAUUCCAACAAUUUUGGUGGCACCAUCUCACCCCAAAUAGCCAAACUCCCUUACCUCUAUGAGCUUGAUGUUAGCAACAACCAAUUAUCUGGUCCAUUUCCCACUGCUGUUCUAGGAAUGAGUACUCUAACAUUCUUGGACUUAAGGUUCAAUUUCUUCUCUGGGGAAGUGCCACCACAAAUAUUCAUACAGAACCUCCAAGUCCUUUUCAUAAACAACAACAUCUUCACUCAAGGGUUGCCAGAUAACCUAGCCACCACUCAUAUUCUCUUACUCACCUUAGCAAACAACAAGUUCAUGGGUCCAAUCCCAAGAAGUCUUCCAAAGGCUUUGUCCUCUCUGAGUGAAGUAUUGUUACUUAACAACCAGUUAACAGGUUGUUUGCCUUAUGAGAUUGGUUUUCUUGAAGAGGCCACGGUGUUUGAUGCUGGCAACAACCAAUUGACAGGUCCUUUGCCUUUGUCUUUGAGUUGUCUUGAGAAGGUGGAGGUGCUAAAUUUGGGUGGUAACCUUCUGUAUGGUAUGGUGCCAGAAGUGGUGUGUGCAGGGUUGGUGAAUUUGGUCAACUUUUCAUUAUCAGAUAACUAUUUCACACAAGUGGGGCCACUGUGUAGGAUGCUGAUUCAGAGAGGGGUUCUUGAUGUUAGGAACAAUUGUAUUCCUGAUCUUCCGUUUCAGAGAUCAGUGAUGGAGUGCGCUGAGUUCUUUGCAACACCAAGGAUGUGUCCCUUCAUGUGGUUUUACAGCCUCAUCCCAUGUAAGCUUCCUUUUCAAAAUCCCAUUCCUUAG